AACGCAAACUGCGCGCUUGGCUCCCACGCAGGCCAAGUGGUGAAGCAAGAAUAUGAGGUUUUGAGAAGGGGAGGGGGAAGAAAGAGUUGAGUAACGUCGGUGAAGAUUGGGACUAUUCUGCGAUUUUAAUGUCCCAGAACUGCCACCUGACCAUGCCUCAUGACAGGGACCGCCUUCGGAUCUGGGCGUGAGGAGCGCGUCUGCUGCCAAAGGCUGGCCGAUGCGGUUUCUCCCAUCCCGGGAACUCUCGGCGGCUCUGGGCACGGGUCGCUUCCGACGAUGGCCCAUAGCGACGAGGGGCAGAGGGUUGGCUCGGGGACCCACCGCGCGCCACCCCGACCUCUCGUCCUUCGCCCCUCCCUGUUGAUUCCUGGUCCUUCCCAAGAGUUCAGCGGCAGCUCGGCUCGGAAGUAAGCCGAGGGGCUUACGCGCAAGUGCACGUGCGAUCCAAUUCGAUGGUUCUAUGACGUGAAUUGGAUCGCAGCCGCUUCGCGACUUCCUUUCCCGCUCGGACGCUCCGGCAACUCAGCCGAGGAGAAGGGAGGGUAGAGCGGACGCGUCAGGAAGGGAAAGGAAAGAAACCGAGGAAAGACCAGCGGAGACGGAGUUGAGCUGAGCUGAGCCGAGAUUCAGCCCCGCCGGGAAAGAAUCGCCCUCCUCCUUCCCAUCCUAGCUCUGCAGUCGCCAACCCGGAGGCGCGUGGUUUGAAGGAGAAAGCGAAGGCGCCAGGUGGGUCUCUGCCCCGAAGCAGCUGCUUCCUCAGAAGUUGCCCCAUUCCCCCACAAAGUUUGGGUAGCUCCAUUACUCCGGAUCUGCCACCUCGUGGCUCCUUCGCGACGGGGCGCGCUGGGCUAAUAACUUGCAGAGAAAAGUUACUGGUUGUAGUUUAACCUCGCCCUAGCCCGGCCCACCCCGCCGCAGGCCCCUUUUGGAAGGUGGGACAGAAUCGCCCGAAGGCUCUCAGAAGCCAGGUUUGCUUUCUUUGCCGAGCCCGACAUCGUUUUCCUUCUUUUGCUGCCAAGGGCUACUGACUUGGAUCCUAGUUAAUCAUCUCUCCACCUGGAACCAACGCUCUGGAUUUUUGUUUUCCUUGCAGGGGCUAAGGAAUUGGAUCCAACUUGAUCCUGCAGAAGGCAAGCUGACCUGAACAGACCAUGCAAAACAAUCGCGCUGAACUCCUUCAUAAUCAGGCCCUGCAGCCUUUACAGUGGCAGAGAGAUCAUCAUCGAGAGGUCCGAGUGACUGUGCGGAGCUCAGCAAUUCAACCCACUGCCUAUGCUCCUCGACGACCAUUGCUGAGGAAGACCUUGGUGGCAGUGGAUAUUGUGUGUUUACUUGUGGCCUCCAUCCCAUUCUUCAUCUGCGAAUUCGGCCUCGUUUCUCCAAUGCGUCGUGGCUUCUUCUGCAAUGACAGUAGCAUCAGCUACCCCCUGCAGCGUCCUGAGACCAUCACCGACACUGUGCUCAUUUCAUCAGGCACCCUGAUCUCCUUCCUAGCAAUCACUGUAGGUGAAAUCUUCCAUGUGCAUCAUCUACCUCACAGAUCACGCUCUACAAUCCCCAAUCCUUAUGUGACUGCCCUCUAUAAAGAAAUUGGGACCUUCCUUUUUGGCUGCUGUGUGGGUCAGUCACUCACUAACAUGGCAAAAGUUGCUGUAGGUCGCCUCCGGCCACAUUUUCUGGCUGUCUGUCAACCUAAUUUCACUCACAUGGCCUGCUCUGCUGGAUACCUGGAGGACUAUGUUUGCACUAGUAGCCACUCUAAGGAAAAGGAGGCCAGAAAAUCCUUUUACUCUGGCCAUGCCUCCUUUGCUAUGUAUUCCAUGAUGUACUUAGUGUUCUACCUGCAGGCCCGAUUCACCUGGCGAGGCGCUCGACUGCUACGCCCACUGGUCCAAUUUGUGCUACUGAUGCUAGCCCUGUACACCGGACUGACUCGCAUUUCGGACUAUCAACACCAUCCAUCUGAUGUAAUUGUGGGACUGCUGCAAGGAGCACUUGUAGCCUAUUGGGUGGCUUUCUAUAUUUCCAACAUGUUUCACUGCAAGCAUCAGCCUCACUCUGUGCCCUCAAGCAUCUUGGACAGUCCCAGCUCAGACCAUCAGACGGAUUGCUAGGAAAGACUCAAAGACAGGCAGAGACUACUUCUGUUUUAUAUUAGUUGCAGGACCUCAACCAACUGAGCCACUGGCUGGACAUUCACUGCUAUACAAACUGCAUUGGCACAAUGGCACAGUCACAGCCAGCUUGGGGCUCCUUGCAAGCAUUUUAUCACUGUUGUAUCAACAGCCACUAAUACAUCAAUUGCUGGAAACACCAGUAGGAACAGCAAGCGUUGCACUGAAGAUCUCCCCUUCCUCCAAGUGUUAUGUAGGGCAGCCUUGUUUUCAUUGGGAUGGGAAAACAUUAGACCACUCCAUGCUUCUUCUUGAGCCUCUCUCCUUCUGGAAAACACCAUAUCCACAUUGUUGUUCCUCUUGGGCUUUCCUCCAGAACACAAAAAUUCACUUUUUACAAACCGGUAUUAUUCAGGAAAACUCGCCCUUCCUCUUCACUGAUAUUGAGAUGAUCUCAUCCCUGAAGUAUUAUGCAGUCAGAUGAUGUUGCUUGGAGAAGGAUGACAACUGUGGAAUAUUUAGUACCUGUGUUAUUUUAAUGGGGCAUUUCUACUGCUUUGAAAAUCAAUUGAGUGUCUUGCAGAAACAUACUGCUAUCGAGAAGGAAUUAAUCACAAUUCUGAAAAUAUAGGAUGGGAAGAAAGUACCUAACAACCUAGCUGUUUUAGGCAUCUUCCAGUUAUAUUGGGAUAACACCUCCCAACUGUGUGGUCAAAUUUUAAAAAUUCAACGCGUUACUGACCUAACCUAACCUAUCUCCAGGGUGCUAGAUUGCAGAAAACUGGUGUAGAAAAAGUCAUGAAAGACCUUCCUCUCUUCUAAACCUGAUCUCUUCCACCCCUUAUAAUGUGAAAGGUGUGUGUGGUGUUUUUUUUUGGUAAUAAAUGGUACUGACGAUCACAUAAUUUAAUGGUUGCAACUGAGUAAAAGUUAGUUUAUAAACCAGAAAUAACCUUUUCUGGAUUUCAGAGUAUUCCUGUCAGCCAAGUGUGUGGAGAGGAA